CAUGGCCGACAUUAAAGUGCAGUAAAGCUGGUGGUAGGACCGAAGAAGCAAGGAUUCAAUAAGACAUCCAGACAGGGAAGCCUGGACAGCCGAGGGAAGGAUGCCAUCUCCAUCUUUUUCCCUUGAUGCCCAGCUGCGCUUCCAUGACAAAUGGCUGAAGAUAGACUUGCAGCGAGCCUUCUCUCCUGAAGGACUGAACGAGAUGUGGAACGAGAUGGUGAAGGAUGGAGAGAUUGUCUUUGACCGAGAAGAGUCCGCCCAUCCAGAGGACUGUGCUGAUUGCACCCAAAAGAAAGAUGAUACAAACGAUAAGGAAAAGAAGGAAGAGGAGGAGGCGGCGGCUUCAUCUUUCCAUCACUCCAUCAUUGAGAUGUGGGACUGGGGGAGGCAGCCAGAAACUGGAGAGCUAAAGGACUGUCUGAUGGCGCUGGUAGACGACCAACAGAAGCUGUCUUCACAGACGGCUAAGAGCACACUCUCCACCCUGCGCCUGAGCCAGAGACUGGUGAUCCUGGAGCGCUACCUCAUCUCACUCACCCACAGCAUGAUGGAGGAAAAGUACAAAGUGCGCUGGAAGAGUCCCCCCAGCCCUCCGCUCUCUGCCGUUGAUAACAAAAGUACUCGGCCAGUCAGUAAAGGAGUGGAGGGUUUAGCUAGGGUGGGAUCAAGAGCAGCUCUUUCCUUUGCCUUUGCCUUUCUUCGCCGAGCCUGGAGAUCUGGAGAUGAUGCAGACCUGUGCAGUGAGUUACUGCAGGAGUCUCUGGACGCUCUGCGGGCUCUCCCAGAAGCUACCCUGUUUGAUGAGAGCACAGUGUCGCCUGUCUGGCUGGAGGUGGUCGAGAGGGCUACCAAAUUCCUCAGUGACAUCCAUGGAAGUGCGAGUGGAAAAGCGGCCAGUAACAUUCCCCUGCAGGAUCAGCACUUGGCCCUGGCCAUCCUGCUGGAGCUUGCAGUGCAGCGAGGAACUCUCAGUCAGCUGCUGUCUGCGGUUCUGCUGCUGCUGAGGCUUUGGGACAGUGGAACCAGAGAAAUGGAUAAUGAGCGCUCGACCCAAGGCACCAGCGCCCCCUUGCUGCCCCUCCUGCAGCGCUUGCAGAACAUCCACAGUAGUAAGGAGGAGCAUGUUCCCCAAGAGGAGAUUGAGAUCCUUUCGGCCCCUCUGAGCCCAAACGAGAGUUUUCUGCGCUACCUUACGCUGCCUCAAGAUAAUGACCUGGCCAUUGAUCUGCGGCAGACAGCUGUAGUCAUCAUGGCACACUUGGACCGCCUGGCAGCCCCAUGCAGCCCCCCACAGUGCAGCUCACCCACCUCUAACAAGGGUACCCUGCAGGAGGUGAUUGGUUGGGGUCUGCUUGGAUGGAAGCCUUACGCUAAUGUGAAUGGACCAAUUCAGUGCAAGGCACUGUCAAACCUGGGCGUCACACAGAUUGUCGGCUCAGAGAAGGGUUUCCUCAUCCUGACCAUCACUGGUGCUGUCUACACACAAAAUUACAAAAGCACUAUACUAGCCCCUAUGCUAGUCCACGCAUUGUCAUCCAGGAAAAUAAUUAAGCUUGCCGCUCACCCAGAUGGGCAGCACUACUUGGCUCUUUCAGUCAAUGGGGAGGUAUUCUCCUGGGGUUGUGGAGAUGGAGGCAGGCUGGGACAUGGAGACGCCACGUAUUUAGAGGAACCCACCAUGAUUGCAGUAUUCUCAGGGAGGCCUGCGGGGAAGCAAGUUAUUCACAUCGCAUGUGGCAGCACGUACAGUGCAGCGAUCACAGCAGAUGGAGAGCUGUACACAUGGGGCCGAGGAAACUACGGCAGGCUGGGCCACGGCUCUAGUGAGGACCAGACCACUCCCCUGCUGGUAUCUGCUCUAAAGGGGAUUAAGGUGAUUGAUGUGGCCUGUGGAAGUGGAGAUGCUCAGACCCUCGCUGUGACUGAGAAUGGUCAGGUAUGGUCGUGGGGUGAUGGAGACUAUGGUAAACUUGGCCGUGGGGGUAGUGAUGGAUGCAAAACUCCUAAACUCGUGGAGAAGUUACAGGAUUGGGAUAUCGUGAAGGUGUGCUGUGGGAGCCAGUUCUCCGUAGCUCUUACUAAAGAUGGACAAGUGUACACCUGGGGCAAAGGAGACAAUCAAAGACUCGGCCACGGCACUGACGAACACGUCCGCUAUCCCAAACUGCUUGACAGUCUACAAGGUAAGAGAGUGGUGGAUAUAGCGGUUGGCUCUACACACUGCCUGGCCCUCACAGAAGAAGGGGAGGUGCACAGCUGGGGCAGUAACGAUAAACUACAGCACUUUGACACACUCUUCUCCAAUAAGAAGCAGCCUAAAGCCCUGCCGGGCCUCAAUUCCAAACAUAUAGUGGGCAUCUCCUGCGGUCCUGGCCAGAGUUUUGCGUGGUCGUCAUGCUCUGAGUGGUCUGUGGGGCUCCGCGUACCAUUCGUGGUGGACGUGUGCACUAUGACCUUUGACCAGCUGGACCUGCUGCUUCGGCAGGUCAGCGAGGGCAUGGAUGGCAGCUCUGAUUGGCCACCACCGCAGGAGAAAGAGUGCAUGGUUGUAGCUGCUCUAAACCUGCUCAGACUACAGCUCCAUGCAGCCAUCAGUAACCAAGUGGACCCUGAGGAGCUGGGUCUGGGCCUGGGAAGUGGGCUGCUUAAUAACCUCAAGCAGACGGUGGUGACGCUGGCCAGCAACGCAGGGGUUUUAAAUACUGUGCAGGCGGCCGCCCAGGCUGUGCUCCAGAGUGGCUGGUCAGUGCUACUGCCCACUGCAGAGGAAAGAGCAAGAGCCCUGUCCUCACUGCUGCCCAAUGCAGCAUCUGCUAAUGAGAUGAGUAUAAGUCCUGGCCGUCGCUUCAUGAUUGACCUUUUGGUUAGUAGUCUGAUGGCGGACGGAGGGCUGGAAUCCGCUUUGAAUGCUGCCGUCACGGCUGAGAUCCAGUUUGAUCUCGCCUGGCCUGGACUCAUGGGUUUCUUUUUUAAUGGGUCGAGCUCAAAGAACAAUGAGGAAGUGUCGCUUAUCCGCAAAGCUGACCUGGAGAAUCAUAACAAAGAUGGAGGCUUCUGGACUGUCAUUGAUGGGAAGGUUUAUGACAUUAAAGACUUCCAGACUCAAACUCUAACUGGGAACAGCAUCCUCGCCCAGUUUGCAGGAGAAGAUCCUGUGGUAGCUUUAGAGGCUGCUCUACAGGUUGAAGACACCAGGGAGUUCAUGCAAGCUUUCUGUGUGGGACAGUACAUGGAGCCCAACCAGGAAAUGGUGACAACGCCUGACUUGAGCAGUCUGUCCUCACCUCUGAUAGAUGCUGAGAGAAACCUUGGUCUGCUAUUGGGGCUACAUGCCUCAUAUCUGGCUAUGAGCACCCCUCUCUCUCGCAUAGAGUUAGAAUGUGCCAAAUGGCUCCAGUCAUCGAUUUUCUUUGGUGGUCUUCAGACGAGUCAGAUCCACUAUAAUUAUAAUGAGGAGAAGGAUGAGGACCACUGCAGCUCUCCUGGGACCACCACACCAGACAAAGCCAAACUCUACUGCCGCAGAAUCACCCUGAGUGAUCACGCCCAGCCCUUCCUGCAGGCCAUCGCUGACAACAACACCCAGGACCACACUGUGAAGGACUUUCUAUGCCAAAUCGAGCGGUGUUGUAAACAGUACCAUCUCAUCACUCCCAUCACUUUUCCGCCCGAACAUCCUGUAGAGGAAGUGGGCCGCCUGCUGCUCUGCUGCUUUCUCAAGCACCAGGACCUUGGUCAUGUCGCCCUCUCGCUUGUUGAUCAAUGUGCCUUGGGUGUGGACCAGGGGAAACAGAGGUCCCUUCCGAAAUGUGUGAUUGAUGUGUGUCGAAUGGUGUACCAGGCCAAGUGUUCUUUGAUAAAAACGCACCAGGAGCAAGGCCGCUCUUAUAAGGAGGUGUGCGCCCCAGUGAUCGAGAGGCUGCGUUUCCUGUUUAAUGAGCUCAGACCUGCCGUCAGUAACGACCUGUCCAUUGUGUCCAAACUGAAACUGCUGAGCUCUCAGCCUCGCUGGAAGAGGAUCACGCAGAAACUGAUCAGAGACCGCCGCAAAAAGAGAGUGCCUAAGAAGUCAGAGUCAGCUGAUCUGGAGGAGUGCAAGAUGGAGAGGGAAGGGACCAAUGAGGAACUGCCUGCUCCCAUCAGCCCUGCCCCUGUGGACAAGAAACAAACUGCUGUCAAAUCCUCAAAGACGCACCAGGAGCAAGGCCGCUCUUAUAAGGAGGUGUGCGCCCCAGUGAUCGAGAGGCUGCGUUUCCUGUUUAAUGAGCUCAGACCUGCCGUCAGUAACGACCUGUCCAUUGUGUCCAAACUGAAACUGCUGAGCUCUCAGCCUCGCUGGAAGAGGAUCACGCAGAAACUGAUCAGAGACCGCCGCAAAAAGAGAGUGCCUAAGAAGUCAGAGUCAGCUGAUCUGGAGGAGUGCAAGAUGGAGAGGGAAGGGACCAAUGAGGAACUGCCUGCUCCCAUCAGCCCUGCCCCUGUGGACAAGAAACAAACUGCUGUCAAAUCCUCAAAGCAGGAUAAGUGGCAGCCUCUGCUAAACACCAUAGGCAGUGUUCAGAAGUACCGCUGGUUAAAGCACAGCGUUCAGGGCUCCUUUUCUCAGUCCAGCCUCAUGAGUGCCAUCGUUGAGUUUGCUCUGAAGGAGGAACCGCUGGAUGUGGAGAAGAUGAGAAAGUGCCUCCUUAAACAGCUGGAGCGAGCUGAGGUCCGGCUGGAGGGUAUAGACACUAUGUUGAAGCUGGCUUCCAAAAAUUUCCUCCUGCCCUCUGUACAGUACGCCAUGCUCUGUGGUUGGCAGAGAGUCAUACCUGAAGGGACCAAUAUUGGAGAACCACUGGCUGACUGUCUAAAAGAUGUAGAUCUCAUACCUCCAUUUAACCGCAUGCUGCUGGAGGUGACAUUCGGUAAGCUCUAUGCCUGGGCCAUCCAGAAUAUCCGCAACAUCUUGUUGGAGGCCAGCGUCAAGUUCAAAGAGCUGGGUGUGCAGCCAGUGCCUCUGCAGACCAUCACUAAUGAAAACCCAGCAGGCCCCAGUCUGGGUACCAUUCCUCAGGCUCGCUUCUUGCUGGCCAUGCUCCAUAUGCUCACUCUCAAACAUGGAGCCAACAGCCUCAGUCUCCUGCUGAACUCUGGCAUCCUCGCCCUCACCCAGAGUGUUCUUCGACUCAUUGGUCCCAGCUCUGAUAGCAGUGAGGAGGAUCCGAGCUCUGUAGCUCAUGGAGGCUCAGCUACAGUUCUCGAGGAGUCCAGGAAGGAGACGGCCCCCACCCCUCUCCCUGCCUCUGGCCCUGAGUUGGCAGUUAUGAUGAAGAUUGGCGCUAGGGUGAUGAGAGGACCUGACUGGAAAUGGGGAGAUCAGGAUGGGCCACCACCAGGCCUGGGCCGUGUGAUUGGGGAGUUGGGAGAAGAUGGCUGGAUUCGUGUCCAGUGGGACACCAGCAGCACCAAUUCCUACAGGAUGGGCAAAGAGGGCAAGUAUGACCUUAAACUGGCCGAGCCGCCACCUGCUACCCAACCGGCCACAGAAGACUCUGAUACAGAGGACGACACAGAAGGGGAGGUGAUGGAGAAGAGUGUUCACCCCACUGCAAUCAUGUUGACCAGUACAGUUAAUCUGUUGAAGACACUAUCACUAUCCUCUGGGAUUCAUGCUGAGGUGAUGCAGGCUGACGCUAUUAGCACUCUGUGCGGUCUACUCAGGAUACUGGUGGAGAGUGGAACCAAUGACAAGACUGGUAACAGCACAGCUGUGCUCGAAGACUACCUUCCCAAUGCAGAAGACCCCGCGGUGGGCAGUCUGAUGGCAGUUUUGGCAGUCAUUGGUGGGAUCGAUGACCGUCUGCGUCUGGGAGGACCUGUGGUUCAUGAGGAAUAUGGGGAGGGCACUAUCAGUCUGCUUAUACGCAUCGUAGAGGGCCACCAGUCCUUCACUGCAGUCACGCUACAGAGACAGAUUCUUGCCCUGCGGCUUCUACAGACAGUAUUGCCAUCCUGGGAUAAGACACAGCGCUCUCAGGAUAUGAAGUUUCUGGUGGAGAAACUCUUUGGGUUCCUUGGCAGCUUGCUCAGCACUUGUUCCUCAGAUCUGCCCCUCCUCAGGGAAGGUUCGAUACGUAGGAGAAAAUCACGCCCUCAAGCCUCUCUGACAGCCACUCACAGCAGUACUCUAGCAGAGGAAAUAGUGGCCGUACUGCGUACACUUCACUCCCUUGGCCAAUGGAAUAGCCUUAUUAAUGAAUAUAUUAACUCCCAGCUCAGCAGUAUCAGUGGUGUCAUGGCAGGCAGACACACUGAAGCGGCUGUGCUCGAAGACUACCUUCCCAAUGCAGAAGACCCCGCGGUGGGCAGUCUGAUGGCAGUUUUGGCAGUCAUUGGUGGGAUCGAUGACCGUCUGCGUCUGGGAGGACCUGUGGUUCAUGAGGAAUAUGGGGAGGGCACUGUGACUCGCAUUACACCUAAAGGACGAAUCACUGUUCAGUUCCAUGAGAUGAGAAACUGCAAAGUCUGUCUGCUCAGUCAGCUCAAACCGCUUCAUAUGAUUCCAUUCAGUGUUCAGAACCUGCCCUUCACUGAGCCUAUGCUGACAGUGUGGGCUCAGCUAGUCAACUUGGCGGGAAGCAAACUAGAGAAACAACGCAUGAAGAAAUCCCUCAGCAGAGGACUUCCGGCUGAUCAGGUGGAUAUUCAUUUGUUGCGGUGUCAGCAGCUCAGACUGUACAUCCUGAAGGCAGCGCGUGCUCUGCUCUCCCACCAGGACAAACUCCGACAGAUCCUUUCUCAGCCAGCCGUCAUAGAUGUCAGCCCCAAUCCUACAGAGGAUCAGUGUGCUUUGUCUCCUGAUGUGGGAGAUUUUUCUCCUGAGGGUCCUCAGCCUCCCCUCAUCCUCCUCCAGCAGCUGCUGUCAGCAUCCACUCAACCAUCCCCCAUCAAAGCCAUAUUCCACCGCCAGGAGUUGGAGGCAGCAGCUCUGGCAGUGUGUCAGUAUCUGGCAGUUGAAUCCACACACCCAUCCUCCCCCUUGUUUGAGGACAGCAGCUCCAGCGAGGCCACCACACCGGUCACUGUGCAGCAUAUGCGCCCACCCAAGCAGAAGAAGCAAAAGACUUCACCUGUGCCACCUGCACCCAUCGUCCUGCAGCUGAUGGAUAUGGGCUUUCAAAGGAAAAACAUUGAAUUUGCCCUUAAAUCACUGUCUGGAACCACAGGCACUUCUGUAGUGCCAGGCGUAGAGGCUUUAGUGGCCUGGUUGUUGGACCAUCCAGAUGUUCAUAUUACAGAUCUGUCAGAUGCAGAUACUGUAUCAGAUGAAUACUCUGAUGAAGAGGUGCUGGAAGAGCUAGAAGAGCCUGAACCAGCCUUCCCUCUGCCUCCUGGGGUUGUGGUGACGGAGAGUCAGACGUUUAAAAAGAGGUCCGAUUUUCAGAGCAAUGAUGAUUACGCUGUAUAUGUGAGAGAGAACAUUCAGGUGGGCAUGAUGGUACGGUGCUGCAGGACGUAUGAGGAAGUAUAUGAGGGAGAUGUGGGGAAAGUGAUCAAGCUGGACAGAGAUGGCCUGCAUGAUCUGAAUGUGCAGUGUGACUGGCAGCAGAAAGGAGGAACGUACUGGGUCCGUUACAUCCACACUGAGCUGCUGGGGUUUCCUCCCCAGAGUUCUCCGUCUCAUAUAAAGAUUGGUGAUAAAGUGCGAGUGAAGCCCUCGGUCACAACGCCAAAGUACAAGUGGGGAUCUGUCACACACAGGAGCGUGGGAGUGGUCAAAGCAUUCAGUGCCAAUGGGAAAGAUGUGAUAGUGGACUUUCCUCAGCAGUCACACUGGACUGGGCUGCUGUCAGAGAUGGAACUCGUUCCUAGCGUACAUCCUGGUGUCAGGUGUGACGGAUGUCAGAUGUUCCCUAUAAAUGGCUCCAGGUUUAAGUGUCGGAGCUGUGAUGACUUUGACUUUUGUGAGAGCUGCUUCAAGACCCGUAAACACAACCCUAGACAUUCAUUUGGACGAAUAAAUGAACCAGGUCAGUCACCCACCUUCAGUGGGCGUUCAGGAAAGCAACUGAAGAGACAUCACAACAGUCAGCGUGGCAUGCUGAUUGAUGAGUGGUCCAGAGUGGUGAAGAACCUCAGCGUUUCAUCCUCUGUUAACCAGGCGUCUCGGCUCAUAGACUGUGGAGAGCAAUGCUGGCAGUCCUCAGGCUCUCAGGGCAAGCACUGGAUCAGGCUGGAGCUUUUCCCAGACAUCCUGGUCCACAGACAGAAAAUGAUUGUGGAUCCAGCUGACAGCAGCUACAUGCCUUCACUGGUGGUGGUAUCAGGUGGAAGCACUCUCAACAAUUUGAUUGAGUUGAAGACCAUCAACAUCAAUCCCACAGACACUGCUGUCUCUCUGCUCAGUGAUUGCACAGAGUAUCACAGGUACAUCGAGAUUGCCAUAAAACAGUGCCGGAGUUCAGGGAUUGACUGUAAGAUCCAUGGCUUGAGCAUUGUGGGGCGUGUCCGCGCCGAGGAUGAAGAUCUGGCUACUGUGCCUUUCUUGGCAUCUGACAAUGAGGAAGAGGAAGAUGAGAAGACAGCGACUGGAAGUCUGACUCGAAAGAGGUUGUCAGGGCUGGAGUCGGCUGCCAUCAUCAGAACCAAAGUCUUUGUCUGGGGUCUCAACGAUAAGGACCAACUUGGAGGACUUAAGGGGUCUAAGAUCAAAGUCCCAUCAUUCUCAGAGACCCUGUCUGCUCUGAAUGUAGUGCAGGUGGCUGGAGGCUCUAAAAGUCUUUUUGCUGUAACGGCUGAAGGCAAAGUUUAUGCCUGUGGAGAGGCCACUAACGGAAGACUUGGUUUAGGACUGUCCAGUGGAACCAUCCCUAUACCAAGACAGAUAUCUGCCCUCAGCAACUAUGUGGUCAAGAAAGUUGCUGUACAUUCAGGUGGAAGGCAUGCCAUGGCGUUGACUGUGGAUGGAAAAGUAUUCUCUUGGGGGGAAGGAGAUGAUGGCAAGCUUGGGCAUUUCAGUCGAAUGAACUGUGAUAAGCCACGGCUAAUUGAGGCAUUGAAAACCAAGCGCAUACGAGAUAUUGCCUGCGGCAGCUCUCACAGUGCCGCCAUCACCUCCAGUGGUGAACUGUACAGCUGGGGUCUGGGUGAAUAUGGCCGGCUGGGCCACGGGGACAACACCACUCAGCUCAGACCCAAACUGGUCAAGGUGCUUCUAGGCCAUCGUGUUGUCCAGGUGGCUUGCGGAAGUCGAGAUGCCCAGACCCUUGCCCUCACAGAUGAAGGACUGGUGUUCUCAUGGGGAGAUGGAGACUUUGGGAAGCUGGGCCGUGGCGGAAGUGAAGGCUGUAACAUUCCUCAAAACAUAGAGCGUCUAAAUGGGCAGGGGGUGUGUCAGAUCGAGUGUGGAGCUCAAUUUUCCCUUGCCCUCACCAAAUCUGGAGUUGUCUGGACCUGGGGUAAGGGGGAUUACUUCCGACUGGGUCACGGCACAGAUGUUCACGUGCGCAAACCCCAGAUGGUUGAAGGACUGAGGGGAAAGAAGAUUGUUCACGUGGCUGUAGGGGCCCUGCACUGCCUGGCUGUCACAGACACUGGACAGGUGUACGCUUGGGGGGAUAAUGACCAUGGGCAGCAGGGGAACGGCACAACCACAGUCAACAGGAAGCCUACGCUGGUGCAGGGUCUAGAAGGGCAGAAAAUUACCCGUGUGGCCUGCGGCUCCUCUCACAGCGUGGCCUGGACCACCGUAGAUGUCACCACACCCUCCGUCCAUGAGCCUGUCCUCUUCCAGACUGCUAGAGACUCCCUGGGAGCCUCUUACCUUGGUGUGCCAUCAGACAGUGAUCCAUCUUUACUAAGUAAUAAGCUAAAUGGUGUGAACAAUGUAAAGCCCAACAGGCCAUCUCUGGCAAAGAUUCUGCUCUCUCUGGACGGUAAUCUGGCCAAACAGCAAGCCCUGUCCCAUGUACUCUCUGCCCUGCAGAUCAUGUAUGCCAGGGAUGCUGUGGUGGGAGCACUGAUGCCUGCCUUUAUGAUGCCUCUGGAGUGUCCCUCCAGCUCUCCAGUGCCCCCUUCGGAUUGUUCAUCAGCCUCCAGCCCCUGUGAGGCUGAGGGUCCGGCCCUGCCCUCAGAAACAGAGGAGAGGGUCAGUCCGCACCCCUGGAUGGACAGCAAACGAGGAGAGGUGACCACGUCUGAGGAUGCCACUACCCCUUCAUUAGCGGUGACCCCUUCAACUGCCUCUGCUUCAUCUCGCCCCUUUAUCCCAGUCACAGAUGACCCUGGUGCUGCCAGCAUCAUAGCUGAGACCAUGACCAAAACCAAAGAGGACUCUGAGAGCCAGAGUAAAGCAGUGGGCCCAGAGCCACAAUAUCUGGAUGAGUUCACCAGUCUGCUGAUUCCUGAUGACACACGUGUGUUGGUAGACCUGUUAAAACUGGCUGUGUCUCUGCGCUCAGGCGAUAAAGGCAAGGAGGUUCUGUCUGCUGUGCUGUCUGGCAUGGGUACAGCCUUCCCACAGGUGGCAGAUAUGCUGCUGGAGUUGUGUGUGACUGAGUUAGAGGACGUAGCCACUGACUCUCAAAGUGGACGGCUGUCAUCGCAGCCUGUGGUGGUGGAGAGCAGUCACCCAUACACUGACGACACUUCCACUAGCGGAACUGUGAAAAUACCAGGUGCUGAAGGAUUGAGGGUGGAAUUUGAUCGCCAGUGUUCAACAGAAAGGAGACACGACCCUCUUACCAUCAUGGACGGAGCCAAUAGGAUUGUGUCUGUUCGAUCAGGUCGGGAGUGGUCUGAUUGGUCCAGUGAAUUGAGGAUUCCGGGAGAUGAGCUCAAAUGGAAGUUCACCAGUGAUGGCUCUGUUAACGGCUGGGGCUGGCGCUUCACUGUCUAUCCCAUCAUGCCUGCCGCUGGUCCUAAAGACCUCCUGUCAGACCGUUGCAUUCUGUCAUGCCCUUCGAUGGAUUUAGUAACAUGUCUGCUCGACUUUCGCCUGAACUUUGCUUCAAACCGUAGCAUUGUUCCAAGGUUGGCAGCCUCACUUGCUGCUUGUGCCCAGCUCAGUGCCCUGGCGGCUGGUCAUCGUAUGUGGGCCCUGCAGAGGCUACGAAAACUCCUAACCACUGAAUAUGGCCAAUCCAUAAACAUCAACCGCCUCUUAGGAGACAGUGAAGGAGAGGCUCGCUCUAUGAGUUUUACAGGAAGUGCACUAGCUGCUCUGGUGAAAGGACUUCCCGAGGCUUUACAGAGACAGUAUGAGUAUGAGGAACCCAUAGCCAGAGGUGGCAAACAGCUGCUCCACAGUCCUUUCUUCAAGGUGUUGGUGGCACUUGCAUGUGACCUGGAGUUGGACACUCUUCCAUGCUGUGCUGAGACACACAAGUGGGCUUGGUUCCGCCGCUAUUGUACCGCCUCAAGAGUGUUAGUGGCUCUAGACAAGAGGACGCCUUUGCCUCGUCCUUUCCUGGAUGAGGUGGCAAAGAAAAUCCGUGAGCUCAUGGCAGACUAUGAGAACAUGAACACACUCCAUGAGAGUCACAACCUGUUUAAGAGGGAGCAGGAUGAGCAGUUAGUUCAGUGGAUGAACAGACGACCAGAUGAUUGGACGCUCUCAGCCGGCGGCAGUGGGACCAUCUAUGGCUGGGGACACAAUCACCGGGGUCAGUUAGGUGGUAUUGAAGGAGCAAAAGUCAAGGUUCCAACACCAACAGAAGCGCUAGCCACACUGCGACCUGUUCAGCUGAUCGGUGGAGAGCAGACCCUGUUUGCUGUAACCGCUGAUGGGAAACUGUAUGCUACAGGAUAUGGUGCCGGCGGUCGUCUGGGAAUAGGGGGCACAGAGUCUGUCUCCACUCCGACCCUGCUGGAGUCGAUCCAGCAUGUUUUCAUCCGGAAGGUGGCUGUGAACUCUGGCGGGAAACACUGCUUGGCUCUCUCCUCUGAAGGAGAACUGUACUCCUGGGGAGAGGCUGAAGAUGGAAAACUGGGACAUGGAAACAGAAGCCCAUGUGACCGUCCACGCGUGAUUGAGUCUCUCAGAGGGGUGGAAGUUGUGGACAUUGCGGCCGGUGGUGCCCAUAGUGCCUGCAUCACAGCCAGCGGAGAGCUCUACACAUGGGGCAAAGGUCGUUAUGGUCGCCUGGGUCAUGGAGACAGUGAGGACCAGCUUAAACCAAAACUGGUGGAGGCUCUGCAGGGUCACCGGGUGAUAGACGUUGCAUGUGGCAGUGGGGACGCCCAGACCCUGUGUCUGACUGAUGACGACAUGGUCUGGUCAUGGGGGGAUGGAGACUAUGGCAAACUGGGCAGAGGAGGUAGUGAUGGAUGUAAAGUGCCAAUGAAGAUUGACUCAUUAACUGGAUUGGGUGUUGUGAAAGUGGAAUGUGGCUCUCAGUUCUCUGUGUCGCUCACAAAGUCUGGAGCAGUUUACACAUGGGGAAAAGGCGACUACCACAGAUUGGGACACGGCUCGGAUGAUCAUGUACGCAGACCCCGGCAGGUCCAGGGUUUGCAAGGCAAGAAGGUCAUCGCCAUAGCAACUGGUUCUCUUCACUGUGUAUGCUGCACAGAGGAUGGUGAAGUGUACACAUGGGGUGACAAUGAUGAGGGUCAGCUCGGUGAUGGGACCACCAAUGCUAUUCAGCGGCCCAGGCUCGUGGCGGCACUGCAGGGCAAGAAGAUCAACCGUGUGGCUUGUGGCUCAGCACACACACUUGCCUGGUCCACUAGUAAACCUACCAAUGCUGGAAAACUGCCUGCUCAGGUUCCUAUGGAGUACAACCACCUGCAGGAGAUCGCCAUCAUAGGCCUGAGGAACCGAUUACUGCUACUGCACCACAUCUCUGAGCUCUUCUGCCCGUGUAUUCCAAUGUUUGACCUAGAAGGACGACUGGGUGAAACUGGACACGGCGUCUCCGUUGGCUUUGACACACUGCGAGGAAUCCUUAUUUCGCAGGGCAAGGAGGCAGCAUUCCGAAAGGUGGUUCAAGCCACGAUGGUUAGAGACCGACAACAUGGGCCAGUGGUGGAGCUAAACAGGAUACAGGUCAAGCGUUCCCGCAGUAAAGGAGGACUGGCAGGGCCGGAUGGCACCAAGUCAGUGUUUGGGCAGAUGUGUGCUAAGAUGAGCUCUUUCAGCCCUGACAGUCUGCUGCUGCCACACCGGGUCUGGAAGGUCAAGUUUGUGGGAGAGUCAGUCGAUGACUGUGGUGGUGGAUACAGUGAAUCUAUCGCAGAAAUGUGUGAGGAACUACAGAACGGUCUCACUCCUCUCCUCAUCGUCACUCCUAAUGGCCGAGACGAGUCAGGAGCGAACAGAGACUGCUUCUUGCUCAACCCAGCUGCCAAGUCCCCUCUGCACAUCAGCAUGUUCCGCUUCCUAGGUGUGCUCCUGGGCAUAGCAAUCCGUACAGGAAGUCCUCUAAGUCUGUACCUGGCUGAACCUGUGUGGAAACAGCUGGCAGGCAUGAAUCUCACCAUCGCAGAUCUCAGUGAGGUAGGACCGUGGGUGUGAGUGAAUCCAAGGCUAUUAU